AUGACAAAUAAUUGGGAAGAAGUAACAGAUGAUCUAGGGAGGAUAUAUUAUUAUAAUAGAACUACUCAAGAGACAAGUUGGACCAAGCCACUAGAUACUAAAAGUGAGUGGAAGGCUUAUACAACAGAUGAUGGUCGACAAUACUACCAUAAUGAAAAGACUGGAGAAACAACUUGGGAAAUACCCGAAGGCUUUGAAGAAUUAUUGGAAGAUAAAGAUAAAAUAGAUAUUGUCGAAAAUGAGAAUAAUGAAUUGCAUAAAGAUAUGGACAAACCAAGCUCCGAAGAGACAAAAUCUUUGUCAUCUCUUGAUCUUGAGUUAGAGAAGAAAACAACAAUUCGUAACGAAUUAAUAGAACCACCUCAAUUCAAAUCCUAUCAAGAAGCCGAAGAUGCCUUCUUAAGUCUAUUGAAGUCUAAUAAUGUAGAUUCUACAUGGUCUUUUCAAGAGGUAAUUUCUAAAUUCAUUAAAAAUCCAAUAUAUUGGGCUAUUCCUGAUGCAUUACACAGGAAGAGAUUGUACGAUGAAUACUUGGUUCAAAAGUUGAAAGACGAACUAACUAAUAAGAGUGAAAUUGUAGAAAAAUUUGAAAGAAAUUUUUUGCAAGUAUUACAGAAUUUUGAAAAAAAAGGUCUCAUAAAAUAUAAUACUCGUUGGAUAACGAUUAAGAACAUAUUAAUUGCGGAAGAAAAUCCGAUUUUUAAAAACUCUGUCUUAUCAGAUAAUGAAGUUCUCAAGAUUUAUGAUACAUUUGUUAAUGGACUAAAGGAAGCUCGUGAAGAAUCAAUUAAACAACAGAAAGCACAAGCAUUAGACGAGCUCAAGUCAUAUUUAACUCAGAUAAACCCAACCCUAGUUUCAGAUAGUGAGAAUUGGGAUCAGCUCUAUAAAAAUUUACAGAAUGAUGCACGUUUUAAAGCCAACAAGCACUUUACAGUGUUGAAUAAAGUUGACAUUUUAGAAUUAUACACAGCGGAUAUAUAUCCGCAAAUACUAGAUAAAUUGAAAACUGAAAUUGCAUCUAUUGAAAAGAAGAAUUACAGAUCCGACAGGAAGGCAAGACAAUUCUUUAAAGAGUUUCUUAUUAAGAAUAUUAGUAUCAAUGCCAACUCACUUUUUGAAAAUAUUUUCCCGCUUCUAGAAAAUGAAGAUUGCUUUAUAGAGUUAUGUGGUAGAAAUGGCUCUUCACCAUUAGAUUUUUUUUGGGAUGUAGUGGAUGAAAAAUAUCAGCUCAUGAAAUUGAAGAAAGACAUAGUUGAAAACACAAUAUCAGGAUUGAAAAACAAUCCAAAGUACAGUUAUGAUCAAUUAUUGAGCAGUAAAGAGAAUUUUAUAAAUAGUCUUGCAGAUUUGAAGGAUGAGAGACUCUCUGCUUUUGAAUUCAACUUGAGCAACGAGACUCAGGAUGAUAACGAGUUAAAAAUAAUAUUCGAUACCUUGAAAAGGGACUACGAUUUGAAGAAUGAAUUGUUGAAAAGCAAAUAUAAAAAAGAAUUGGAACAAAGGGAAGAUGAGCUUGCACGCUGGCUCUUUUCUAACCAUGAAAAGCACGAUAUUAUAAAAUUUCUAAAUAAUGAAUCGGACUCUUCUGAUGGUCACUUCGUUACAAUAUUGAAAAAGGAGGACCCAAACAAUACUCCCCAAUAUGCUGUGAAUACUAUUGAUAAGCAUGGUCUACAAUCUCUAUUUGAAUCGAAAUUUCAAAAUAUUGAACAGUACAGAAAAUUGGAAACUACGAUUCAAAUGGCUAGUAAUAAUGGUGUCAAAGCAUCUAUCGAAUAUUCAUUCGAACAGUCUAUACAUGCGUUUGUAAACUUCUUGAAUAAUGCAUCUCCUUCUCCUGAGCAUGCGGCAUACGCUAAUAAAAAGCGACCAAUAAGAGAAGAUCAUGCUGAUAACAAAAGAUUCAAACCAGAAAACAGGGAGGCGGAUGCUAAAUUAAAGCCUGACGGCCCUAAGCAUAAUCCAGUUUUAUUGAACUAUUAG